GGCUCUCUCCGAUCUCCACCACUAGGCUUUCCAUCGGCCUAUCGCUGCUCUCCUUCACGCUUACGACGACACCCGGAAGCAGCGACCUGACUGCUUUGUUUUGUUUUGGUAGUGGGAGUUGGGUGAGAGGCAGACAGACGAGCAGGCGGCGGUACGCAUGGGAGAGAGCCGCUCUCUAAAUGGGGAGAGCUAAAUCGGGAAUGGAAAAUGACGGCCCGAUAGCUGACGCCUGUAAAAUGCCGAGUUUCAUCAGCGGCAUCGAGGAGGGGAGGGUGAAAUUGUCCCGCAACCUGCCGACACAAACUUCCCUCACGGACGGUAAAGUUGAGCGGACGCUCGGAGAUUUGAGCCGACGUGUCACCAGGUCAAACUCUCGGCUAUCGCUGGACGAAAGCGACAGGGACCCGGGGGGGAAGGAUGCGGAGGGCAACAACAACAACAACUGCAACGGCGGAGGGAGAGCGAGGAGGAGGGCGAGCGCUGUCGACAUCCUGAGGAAGAAUUUCGGGGAUUCAAAAUCUCCCUCUUUCCGUCUUAACAGAGGCAGUCGGAUGCAGUACGGAGCCGAGCUUGAAAACCACGAAGGAAACGUUAACGACACUCAAGAUUAUGUACCUGAUUGUAGCGGGUCUACAAAGUCGGACGUAGAAACGGGCGAAGCCGAGGUGGAAAACGAACCAACCUCGAGCGAGUUACCGAGUUUGGGUGUUCGGGCAGUUGAAUUGUUAACCGUUACAGGUCAGCACCAUCAUACGUGUGACAACAGCGGCAGCACGGCCACUCCGGAGGGGUCUGUCAGUGCCAAAGAGCACGUCUACUGCACCGUUUACUGCAUUGCCAACGACAGCCAUAGACAAGACGCCGAAAUCACGGACCGCUCCGAUGACACGGUCGCACCAGACGCGUCAGAACGGGACUUGGAGAAUGGGCAGGAUGCGGGUUCGAGUCUCGAGCCGCAACCGUACACAGUGGACGACCUGGUGGAUCCUUUCGGGGACUUGUCCCACCGGCUGUCCGCGGAGCAGGCCGGCACCGAGGAUGCGAUGCAGAGUUGCCGGGUGUGCAUGGAAGAGAAAACCAUCGCACCCCUGCCCUGCUGCAGGAAGGCCGUGUGUGACGAGUGUCUGAAACUCUACGUCAGCUCCCAGGUGCGAGUGGGGAAAGCUCUUAUCAGCUGUCCGAUCACGGAGUGUAGUGGCAACCUGGAGGAAGGACUGGUGAUUUCCCAUUUGACCAAAGAGGAGGUGGCAAAAUAUCGUUACUUCUUGGAGCUGAGUCAGCUGGAUUCGAGCACAAAGCCCUGCCCCCAGUGCAGUCAGUUCACUUCUCUCAAGACGCACACCCCCAACCGCUCCGAGCACAAGUAUAAAAUCCAGUGUAGCAAUUGCCAGUUUGUGUGGUGCUUUAAAUGCCACGCACCUUGGCACGACGGGCUCAAAUGCCGCGACUACAGGAAAGGAGACAAGCUGCUACGUACCUGGGCGAGCGUCAUUGAGCACGGACAGAGAAACGCCCAGAAAUGCCCCAAGUGCAAGAUUCAUAUUCAGCGUACGGAGGGAUGCGAUCACAUGACCUGUGUGCAGUGCAACACCAACUUCUGUUACCGCUGCGGAGAGCGCUACAGACACCUGAGCAGAUUUUUUGGGGACCACACAUCCAACCUCAGUGUGUUUGGCUGCAAGUAUCGCUAUCUCCCCGAUAAACCUCAUCUGAGACGGCUAAUUAGAGGCUCUGUCUGUGCCUCUAAGGUGCUGAUAGCUCCUGUGGUCAUUCUGCUGGUCGUGGUGCUCGGAGCUCUCGCGCUGGUGAUAGGGUUGGUUGUUUUCCCGAUUUAUUACGUGUGCAAGAAGAGGAAGAAGCAGCAGCGCACCAGAGGCUCCGGACGAUGGAUCUGAAGCUCGUCCUUCUUUCCACGCAGACCUCACACACACACACACACACACACACACACACACACACAC